AUGGCGAAGGCGGGGAGAAGGGAACCAGGCCGCCGACGGUCGAUCUUCCAGUCGAGGGCUCGAAAGGUGCUGGCUGUGUGUAUCGGGGGCGUUUUGCUGCUGUGCAAUGAACACGCUGGUGCACACGGAGUUCAAGAAGUAUUGCAGCACGGGGGUUUGGAGGACAAUAAUGGGAUGGCUGCUUCGCAGCAUGUCCACACGUGUGAUGCGUCAAAGCAAGUUAGUGAAAAUAUGGCGAAGAGCGUGACACUAUCGAAGGACACCCCGAGUGUUACAUUGAAUUGUACUGGAAAUGGAAACAAAUUUGUACCCAACAGCAAUGAUAAAGGCUGCGCCUAUAAUGAAGGGGCUAAAGUAAAGAGUUGUAAUGAUAACAAAUCCAUUCCAGACGGACAGGUUGUCCUGACGGAGCUCCUGGGGGCGCCCUCACCAGUUGAAUGGAAAACGGCUUCUGUGGACGCGCAGCAAGGAGAGGCGAAGACACUCCAGCUCGAUGAGUCCCAGCUACCCCUCUCCGACACAACCUUCUUCGUCGGCUGUCAAAACGGAGGCAACGAGUCCAAAUGCAAGCUCGAUGUAACCGUGCAAGCACGGGCAUCCUCCGUGGAAAGCAACGUUGCCAAGUGUGCAUACGGUCAACACAGCAAUCCUCAACCGCUUCUGGUCGAACUCACACCACAAAACAACACCCUCACUCUCGAGUGUGGAAAAGAUCACCCCAUCGAACCCACCAAUCAUACCACCUACUACUGUGAAGAUGAGAAGAUGAAGGCCUGCACGAAGACUUUCAAGGACAUUCUGCCCAACUUCGUCGCCUCGUGGUGGUCGAAGACUGACGAGACCAACAACCACGUCAAGCUGGAAAUCCCUGCGACGGAGUUUCCGAGUGCCGACCAGCAGUUUUACAUUGGCUGCUCCCCUAACCCAGGCGAAUCAGUUGAAGCGAAAGCCGUUUUGGCUGCCUCAAAGCCUGAAGAUCAGCAGUCUAGCACCGGGUCGUCUCUCUGCAAAGUGCAAGUGACAGUCAAGGCAGCGAGCUCGGCUUCAGCGCUGCGCCGCUUAACAGUUGUAGGCGCAGCAACCGCCGCUGCCGCCCUGACAGGUCUUCUUUUCGGUCAGCAUUGA